AUGACCGCCGCCGCAUGGCCGGUCUGCACCAUCUGCUACGAGGACCUCCGCCCGCUCUCCGACCAGCACAUCUACUGCCUCCCCUCCUGCGGCCACGUCUUCCACGCCCUCUGCGUAGAGCAAUGGCUGGAGUACUGCCCGAGCGCGGGCGGCAAGAAGAAGGGUAAGUGCCCCAUCUGCAAGCAGGCCUGCGGCGCCUCUCACCCCCCGACUCGCCUCUUCUUCCAGUCCACCGGCGCGUGCCCCACGCAGGCGCCCCCCUCCUCGUCGCAGGACGCCGACCCGGAGGCGCUCGCCGAAGAGGUUGCCCGGCUGGAGCAGAAGGCGUCGUCCCUUGGCAAGGUGCUCGAGGAGCAGCGCGAUGGGAUCCAGAAGCUCAACGCCGAGGCUAGUGCUGCUACCGCAUCGGUCGGAUCUCUUAUUGGGAUCGUCAGGUGGAAGGAGCAGGCGGCGACCGCGGAGACGAUGCGGGAGUCGGCUAGGAAGGAGAAAGAGUCUGUGCAGCGGCUGCUCAAUGCGAAAACAGAGGAGUUGUCGAGGAAGACGUCAGAGUGCGUGAGGUUGCAGGAGAGGAGCCUUGCGUUGGCGAAGGAGCUUGCGGCCCUGAAGCUGUCGACUGACACGAACCUUCAGGAAGAAGAGAUCCUAAAGUUGGCUUCAUUGGGUAACCAUGGCAACCUUGAGAAUGCUGUUGACGUCCUGAAGAGAUCACUUGCUCUCCGCAACAAGAGCUACAAAGACUUGAUGGUCCAAUGCAAUCAUCUGGGAAGAUCAGAAAGUCGUGCUCAGCAGAGGAUUGAGAAGGACAGGGAGCUGAUAAAGAAGUUGAGGGCAAAGGUACUUGAUCUUCAGAAGGAACUGGAAGAAAAGGAAAAUAAUGUCAUCAGAGACUUGAGGUCUUCAAAGAAAUUUAAAGCUGACCAGAACCAGACAAAUCCAGUGAAGGCCAGUGCUAAUAAUGGUUUCUCUAGUCCAAGUGCUGGAUAUGGGAAUCAAACGGUUAAGCUUGAUGAUGUGAUGCAAGAUGGAUGCAACGAGAAGGUUCAGUCGAACCAGGUGACCCCUGAAGCUAAAAAAGAUCCGAUCUUACAAGACAGCCUUGAAAUAAAGAUUGCAGAUGUGAUAGACUUAGAUGCGGAUGACAAAGGCACGAUAAAAUGUCCCGCCAAGCCGUUCGGGUAUAAUGAUUACACUUCGGAUACACGAAAUCAGUCCAGUCGCUGUGAACGUGGUACCGAAGAGCCCACGGCAUUCGGAUGUGAGCCUUCCUUCUAUGUACCAGAAGAAACAUCAUUUUUGAAACACACGGCAGCUACUGGAAAAUCAACAUUUCAGGAGUUUCUUAUGAAGACCAAACUGCAAAACGUUCAAGAGCUUCCUGUUCUGAGAAGCACGAAUGUUACAACUUCAACAUGUAAGAAAGAAUCACUGACAAUUGGUGGCAUCUCUAAACAAGCAACUAGGCUGGCUUCUGGCACUGGACCUCAGACAUUUCACAAUUUAAAUUCUCUUUCCGAUGAUGAUUUUCAAACGCUACCUGGAUGUACCGGUGAAGGGGCAAGAAAAGGCAUUGGCAAAUGGUCCAAGGGCAGGGCAGCACCCGGGUAUCUAGGUGCAAACACAAACAAGGGCAAUCUGAUAUCUGUGGGGCACGACGGGCGCGGGGGAAAGGUGAAAGUCCUGAGAAAUCAUGGCCGGUUCGCGGAUAGUAGGACUCCAGCAUUGUGGCCAAAGGCACAGCAGAAGGCUGUAGGCAAAGGGAGACAUGAAUCCAGAUUUUGUAAUCGGUAUACUAUUGGCAUUGGGCCAGUGAUGUUAGAGGUUGGACACAAUCUCUCAAUGGUAUUUGAGACGCCUGAAUCCCUCAGUGCCCUGGCUUAUGCUUUGGUGGCUCUAGCUCUCCGGCAAAAGGCGGCGCAGAUGGCUUCCGCGGCGGCGGCUGCGGCGGCGGGGACGGGGUGCUACUCGCAGACGUCCUGGGCGCUGCGACGCCUUGGCGCCGGAGGCGGCGCCCUCGCAUCGGCGGCCACCCGCAGGAGGAACUGCUCCGUCGCGGCUGCCGUCUUUGACAACCAGAACCGCGAGUGGUCCCUGUCCUCUGCCAAGCCCGUCCCUACUUACGGUUCAUGUAUCGACCGCCUGCAGGCUGUUCCACCAUACGAGCGACCGGCACUGACCAAAGGCUAUCUGUUUCCCCCAGAAAAAAAGCCGGCACGCCUACCUGGAUUCCAUACCUGUGUUGGAUCUGGUGGCCAGAGGCAGACUGCCGAAUGGUACAAGGAGAAUGGCAUAGAGGUGCUGUAUGAGGAUCCAGUUGAAGCAUUUGAUGGCAAAACACAGACCUUGAAAACUUCAUCAGGGAAAAUUCUGAAGUGUGGGUCACUUAUCAUUUCUACUGGUUGUGCAGCUGCAAGACUACCUGAGAAAAUUGGAGGAGACUUACCUGGAGUUCACUAUAUACGUGAUGUUGCUGAUGCUGAUUCUCUAGUAUCUUCAUUGGGAAAAGCAAAGAAAAUUGUUGUUAUUGGUGGGGGCUAUAUUGGCAUGGAGAUAAUAUUCCCAGAAGAUCACAUAAUGCCAAGAUUGUUUACGCCUUCCCUUGCUAAGAAGUAUGAGGAACUGUAUGAGCAAAAUGGCGUCAAAUUCGUAAAGGGAGCUCUUAUUGACAAACUUGAUGCUGGCUCUGAUGGAAGGGUGUCUUCAGCUAUACUUAAAGAUGGUUCUGUUGUUGAAGCUGAUACAGUUAUGAUCUUUAUUUUCUCAAGACGUUCUUAUGCUGCAGUUAUUGUUGGUAUAGGAGCAAAACCAUCUGUCAGCCCCUUCGAAGCUGUGGGAGUUAACAUCGAAGUUGGUGGAAUAGAGGUUGAUUCCAUGUUUAGAACAAGUAUACCUAGCAUCUUUGCUAUUGGAGAUGUGGCAGCUUUUCCGCUCAAGAUGUAUGAUAGAAUAGCUCGAGUGGAGCAUGUGGAUCAUGCCAGAAAGUCUGCACAACAUUGUAUAGAAACACUCUUAACAUCCCAGGCAAAAGCGUAUGACUACCUUCCGUAUUUCUAUUCUCGAGUUUUUGAGUAUGAAGGAAGCUCCAGGAAAAUUUGGUGGCAAUUCUACGGAGAUAACGUUGGUGAAACAAUUGAAGUAGGGAACUUUGAUCCUAAGAUUGCUACCUUCUGGAUUGACUCUGAUAGUCGAUUGAAGGGUGUUUUCCUUGAGAGUGGAACCUCAGAGGAAUUCUCGCUUCUUCCAAAGCUCGCGAGAUCACAGCCCAUUGUCGACAAAGCUAAGCUCAAGAGUGCAACUUCAGUUGAAGAUGCAUUAGAGAUUGCGAGAAGCUCUCUUUAG